UGGAGUACGAAUACUCAUGUGACUCAGUAAUACGUAUUUAUAUAGAUAAAGAAAAGAUUUAUGUGAGAAGUGGGAGGAAGUCUUAAAGGAAAAGAAACGGUAGAUUCCUUUUCCCCCACUUUUAACUUUCUCGAAAUCCACAGAUUAGGAUUUUUGUGACACAAUCAUAUGAUUUCAAAUUUACGAUGGAUACACUUAUGUUCACGGUCACCGUCCAUGAUAAAAAAGACAUUUAAAUAUACACACUAUCCAAUAAAUUAGCUACAGUGCUUAUCCACGCUCACAUAUAUAUUCAUACAACUUACGUAGAAUUGCUCUAAAGCACGUUUUACUUGCCACAUACACGUAUACACAUACAUAGGCAGAAUAUUAUGAAUAUACAGAAUCAUGGUGUACGACACCGGUAAAUUAUUUAACAGGAUGUGAAAUUUUACUGAUAUAUAUCUUAUCCUAUUAACGCACUCGAAAAAUCUACAAUUCUUAUCGAUAAAGAAAAAAGAAUUGCGAAUCAACAGAUGCAAUUUAAAAUUUCAUAUCUGUCAAAUUUGAUAAUAUAUAUAUAUAUAUAUGUAAUUAAAAAGAUUGAGUAUAUAAAUGUAAUAAAAAUUAUUAAAUUGUAACAAUGGAGGAUAAGUCGUUAAGAGAUGCUUCGAUUAUAUACGAUAAACAAUUUAAUGAAAAUAUGAAACUAGCAAAGUAUUUCUUAAAGCAAUUACGUGACAAACAAGAAAUUCAAUUAGCUACGAAAUGGCUUGUUCGUGUUAACGAUAUCAAGUCAUCAUCCUUGGAAGUAAAAAAAGAUCGUAAUGCUUUCUUAUGUUAUUUUCUGAAAAUUUUGAGAGAAGCAAUUUUAAAAAAUCAUAGCGAAUGCGAAUCCAGCAGAAUGUUCAAUUCGGAAAAUAGAUUAGGAUUAUUUCAUUCUAAUCAAAAUUCUAAAAUAUCUACGAAUGGAUUAUCACAAAAUGGUACACAAUCGUCAAAUAUUAAAUAUCAUUCGAGGUGGUCACAAAAUCAUCGUACAUAUGUUGCUGUUAAACCUUUACCCGGAAGAGGGGCAUUAAUAUACAUGGCUGUAUCUAAAAAUCCGGGAUUAGAAAAUUGGGAUUUAUAGGUAACAUUAAUAAAAUGUACGCAAUAAUUGACAAUGAUAUAUUUCUUUUUGAAUUUCAAUUUGAAACACAACUAUCAAGAUUAUAUAAGUAAAAUAGAUCUUUAGAAAAUUCCUGCCUUUUUAUGUUUUAAGGUUUAAAUAUAUAUGUAUAAAGUUUUACAAAGAGAGACACU